GUGGCAUCACCAUCUUCGUACACUUUGCAUAACAUCUGAAACGCUCAACUUUGUUUGCGAAUUAAUUGAAUAAAAAUGUCAAAAGCAGCAGGUAAACUGAAAUCGCUGAAAAAGAAUGUCGAGCGGAUAACGCACACAACUAAACUGAAGACAAAUAUACCCGCCGGCAUGGCAGCAGCGGGCCCACCAUUGGGUCCCAUGCUGGGUCAGCGAGCGAUUAACAUUGCCGCGUUUUGCAAGGACUUUAACACGAAAACUGCGGAGAUGAAGGAAGGUGUGCCACUUCCUUGUCGCAUCUUAAUGAACAGCGAUCGCAGCUACGACCUGGCCAUACAUCAUCCGCCGGCAACGUUUUUCCUCAAACAGGCAGCGGGAAUCCAGCGAGGCACAAUGACACCUGGCCGUGAGGUUGCUGGGAAGAUAACAUUAAAGCACUUGUACGAAAUUGCAGCAAUCAAGAUACAAGAUCCGCCAAACGCGUUGCUGACAAUGCAGCAAAUGUGUGAAAUGCUCGUUGGAAUUGCACGGACCUGUGGCAUUAAAGUAGUGCGCGAUCUGGAUCCCACGGAGUAUGCUCAAUUCUUGGAGGAGCGUAAAGUAAUUGUCGAGGACCAGCGACGAGAGCUGUUGGAGAAACGCGAGGCAAAGAUGUUGCGAACUGGCUAAGCAUUCUAUAUGAUAUAUUUUAAUUGUUAAUAUACAUUUAUAAC